CAAAACUAACCUGUGAGGGUUUACCAGUUGACACAAUGCAGGGAAGAGUUGAAAAGUAUGGGUUUUAUGCUAUAUAAAGAAUGGGAUGAGAAAGUAUGAGCACACACACUGUUUAAAGUUCGCCCACUUACCUGAGUAUACCUCGGAAGCUGAAAUGGCCACAGUCUUAAGCCCUCCUAACAUACCCUUUGAUGCCCAAGUAAGAGUGGAGGAAACCGUGACCGUUUAUCCUGCACACCCAACUGAAAGGAGGAGAAUGUUUCUGUCCAAUUUAGAUCAGCAAGUAGUGUUCACUAUGGAGACUGUUCAUUUCUUUGCCCCAAAUCCUGCAAUAACUUCAUCUGAAGCUACUCAGAUGAUAAAGGACGCCCUGAGUAAGCUUUUGGUGACUUACGAUUUCGUUGCAGGAAGACUUGAGUUCGAUGCCCAUGACAAACGCCUUCAAAUCGACUGUUGUGGAGCAGGAGCUCUGUUCGCCUCUGCCUCCAUCGAUUUAUCGCUGUCUCAGCUCCAUGAUAUCGCCUAUCCCAAUCCCUUUUUCAAGAAUCUGGUUCUACAACAAUGUCAUCAGAUCCGUAAUCUACCGGACUUGCCACUUUGCUUCUUACAGGUGACCAGGUUCAAGUGUGGGGGUUUCUCAAUUGGAUUGGGAACAAAUCACACAGUGAUGGAUGGUACGGGCACAGCGACCUUCAUGAAGAACCUUGCUUCCCUGGCUUCAACAAACAACAUGACAAUCAUCCCUUACAGUGACAGAAGCCCAUUAAAAGCUCGUUCUCCUCCAUUGAUUCAAUACCCACAUCUAGAAUACGUAAAAAUCAAUGAUGAUGGCACCGUGGAGAGCUCAGCAGUUUUUUCAAUAGUCAGAGGACCCGACAUUUUACCAGCUGAUAACGUCAAGUCAAUAGAAGAAUCUCCCACCCACAUUUUCAAGCUCUUCCGACUCUCCGCCGACUUUGUGAAGAAUUUGAAGAAAAGGGCAAUGGCAGACGGAGUGGCAAAGUGCACCAGUUUCGAAGCAGUGACUGUGCAUCUAUGGAAAUGUCGAGCAGAGGCAGUGGAAAUGCAGGAAAAGGAGGAAUCUUUGAUGUUUUUUGCAGUGGAUGUGCGGGGGAGAAUGAAUCCUCCUCUUCCAAGUGACCACACAGGAAACUCUGUAUAUCCUGCGUGUGCCACUGCAAAUGGUGGGGAGCUGAAGAAGGAAUCGCUGUGUUUGUGCGUGGAAAGAGUGAAGGAGGCGAUCGCCAGAGUAAGCAAUGAAUAUGUUCGGUCCGCCAUAGAUUGGCUGCAAGUAAACAAGGGCAUUCCUCGCACUGAGGGAGUCAUUUUUCUGUCAUCAUGGCUGAGGCUUGGAUUUGAGGAUGUGGAAUACCCGUGGGGGAAACCUCUGUAUUAUGGCCCUGUUGUCCAUGAAAAGGUGAAUCUCGUUUUCUUGCUUCCCAAUAAUGUUGACAGAAAUGGUGCCCAUGUCUUUCUUGCUCUGCCAAAGCAUCAAAUGCUCAAGUUUGAACAGCUCUUUCUCAAUCCUGAGCAGUGAUGGAGAAUUAGCCCUCAAAUAUUCACCUCCAACAAAACAAAAAACAUUCCCUCGUAAUUGUAUACAUUGCCAAUUCUCCUACCUGUAAACUCUUGAUCAAUUAAUAAUUCUAUGUAAUAUUAUAAAAACAAUGUGAUUAAUAAUAACUCUAUUUUAGAGUGUUAAAAUAAUUUCGAGA